AUGUCAAGCUUAACCAAGAUUGGUAAAGGAUUCGCAAUUUCCGUGCCACCAGGUGUUGCAGGCGACCUGCUGUGCCGUCUACUGCUGUCCAAGUUCCCCCUCUGGACCAGCUUCAUCGCCUCGGUGCUCACUCUGACCUGCGUCACCUUAGAGAGGUACUCAAGCAUCGUGCACCCCUUCCGCUACGAGGCGCUCUUCACCCCCCGGAAAGCCAUCGGCAUGAUGAAUAGUUAUUUCUUCUACAUAUUUUACAGCGACAGCGGCCGAUGCAUCAUCCAGUGGCAGAGCACGUCCUGGCGAACCUUUGUGGGCGUGGCCAACUUCUCGGUCAUUUACAUCUUCCCGCUGAGACUGAUGGGCUUCUCCUAUUGGCGGAUCAUGCGUAAUUUGCAUAAAAGCGCCAUGAAUAUGCGCCAAUCAACGUCGUCGAAUGGUACGGAUAACCAGCUGUCAAGGGAUCUCCUCACCGCGCGCAAGAAAGUCGUCAAGAUGCUGCUCACGGUCGUGGUGACUUUCGCCGUCUGCUGGGCCCCAAACCAGUUCAUGUUCUUCGCCUACAUGUGCGGCUGGAACCUGGACUUCUCUGCCUGGUAUUAUCACGCCAGCGUACUGCUUGCGUUCUGUAACUCGUGCAUGAACCCGAUCAUUUAUGGAUUUAAGAGCAAGCAAUAUCGUGGAGCGCUCAAGAAGGCGCUUGGCUGUAGAAACAAAGUCGGGGUUCGUGCAGAUAUAGUAUGUAGCAUAACAACCUUUGGUGGUACCGCAGAGAUAAGAGGCUGUCCGGAAGACCAACGGAGGACUACAUCAGGCCCAGGUGAAACAAUAAAUAAUCAUUUGUGGUUGACAAACCACAUGGAGCUUGGUUCGCCUGAAUGAUACACCAUAAAGAAGCAGAGCUAGCGCAAAAGACCACAUUGGAAAAACUGAAGUGUUUUUAUUU